AUGGGUUCAUUCUUUGGUUCGUCCAAUUCCAAUGCAUCCUCUGAAGCCUCGCGGCGGGGCUCCGCUGCAGGUUCGUCAGCGGAGGUUCGGAAAGCGAAUGCGGCCCCGUCUCUGCUACGAACAGUAUCGCUACCCAGUCGCGCCGCUGCGCUGAAAGCACAGCAGCAGCAGCAGCAGCAGCAGCAGCAGCAGCAGCAGCAGCAGCAGCAACAGCAGCAGCAGCAGCAGCAGACGCAAAGGGCGGUGCGAUCUGCGGAGGAGGAGGAGAGAGAGAGACAGCGACAGAUUGAAAUGUUUGGCACCGUUCUCGCUGACGACGUGCCGCUCCCCCCGCCGGGAUUCGAAUACGACUCCGAUUUCUCCCCCGACCGUCCUAACUUUCCUCCCCCCGCCGUAGCAGCGCCGCCGUCGCCGCCAGAAGCGGCGGAGGGUCAGGAGUACGGAGGGAGACCGGGCGCGGAUUACGAGGGCACCAUUAGCGAAUGGGAGGGCGGCAGUAGCGACUGGGAAGGCGGUCGUUCUGCGGCGAAUGGAACAGCCGCAGGAGGGGGGGCUGGGGAUCCGGCGGAGUAUCGCCCGCGGGCAGCGCGCGAGUUUAGGCGCACGACGUCGUCGCCCGUGCCUAAGUGCCCGCCUGCUUCCGCGCCUGUGGGCGCGGGGGGCGCAAGAGACCGGCGCCUGGCGGGGGACUGUGUGGGGGCGACCUUCGACGGGCCCUUCAGCGCCGAGGCCGCCGGGGGCGGAGCGAGCAUGGGCGGCGGCGGCAGCCGCAGCGGCGGAACUGCGGGUGGCGGCAGGGCGGACGACGAAGUGCGCGCUGGCGGUGGGGGCGCAGGGAUCGGGGGGGACGCUGCGCCUGCGGGUCGCGUCACGAGCGGAACCGCAGGGGCCAUGGGGACUCCGUCCCGCGCGUCUGGGCCGUUUGUUGCGCCUCCCGCCGCCAGCAGCAAGCCGCCCGUGAGAGGCGGGUUUGGGCGCAGCACGAGUGUCACGCAGACGCAGGGGAACGCCGCGGAGGCCGGCGCUCCUGCGGGCGUCGCUGGCAGCGGCGGGGGUGGCGCGGGGGGAGGGCGCAGGGGGUUCCGGCGCGCCAUGUCGAUGGAACUGCGGCCGCGCGCGAGAGCCAACAGGGCGCCGCUCGCCCUUAACCCGCUCGACGCCUCCCCGCCCGCAAGCAGCGCCGCCAGCGCAUUCCCCCGCCCCCCCGUCCCAUGGGCAGCAGCGGACAACCCUUGCUCCCCCUCCGCCCCCCUCCCUGCCCCCCAAAAGCAGCCGCCCCCGUCCGUCCCCGCGUCGUCCUCCCCCUUUGGCCGUCCUCCCCCCAGCAGCAACCACAGCGCCCGCGGGUGGGCGGCGUGGACGCAGGCAGAUGAAGCCUCCCCCAGAGCGGCCUUCGCGCCGCCCUUCUUGCGCUCCUCGUCCGUCGGAGGCCCCUCCCCCUCCGCCCUGCGCAACCGAGAGCUGCCCCCGCCCGCCCCCCCCUACAGCGCGCACCCAAACCCACAUGCUGGGAUAGGCGCGUGGGCAGGGGCAGGCGGAGGGGCGGGCGGAGGGGGAAUGGGCGCGGCGGCGGGCGGCGGGUACGGGUGGGCGUCCCCGGGGUCGCAGCGGUCGUUAAGUCCCGAACGCGCGGACAGCCAGGUGAGCCGCACAGGGCUUGAGGGUGCGGCGGGUGGGCAGGUGGGCGAGGCAAAGUGUGAGAGAGAGGCAGGCGGAGCAAAGCGCGAGAGAGAGGCAGGCGGAGCAAAGCGCGAGAGAGAGGCAGGCGGAGCAAAGCGCGAGAGAGAGGCAGGCGGAGCAAAGCGCGAGAGAGAGGCAGGCGGAGCAAAGCGCGAGAGAGAGGCAGGCGGAGCAAAGCGCGAGAGAGAGGCAGGCGGAGCAAAGCGCGAGAGAGAGGCAGGCGGAGCAAAGCGCGAGAGAGAGGCAGGCGGAGCAAAGCACAAGGGAGGGCCGGGGCCGCUGGGUCUGGUGCAGGAGAGCAGCGAGGAGGGCGAAGGGUCGCGCAUGAGGGGAGGCACGGGGGAGAGGCGGGGCGGCGGGGGAAGGGGUCUUAGGGAGCGGAGUGGAGAGAGGCACGGGGGAGCGAGUAGGAUGGGCGGGCGGGCGAGGGAAGGCAGGGCGAGAGGGCGAGAUGAGGAGAGUGAGAGCAAGAGUGCAAGUGAGAGUGGGAGCGAAAGUGGGAGCGAGAGUGGGAGUGGGAGUGAGAGGGGCAGUGGAAGUGGUUCAGGAAGCGAGAGUGAAGACGGGGGGGGACGGAGGGGCCAGCACCAGCGAGCAGGUGCGGACGGCAGGGCGCUUGGGGAGGGGCGGGGGGGAGCGGGGGGGAGGGGGAGGUGGGAGGGGCGGGGGAGGGUUCUGCAGGGCGGGAUGGGCAGGGGGGGCGUGGGUAGGGACGGACUGGCACGGGGGGCUGGGGGGUUGAUGGGGGCAGCAGGGGGGCCAGGGUGGGAGGGGGCGGGCGAGGAGGCGGGGGAGGAGAGUCCCCGCGAGGUGACUGUGCGGUGUGUGGCGCCGUCCAUGCACUCGCUGCUGCGCCUCGCCUCCCACUCGCGCCACCGCAGCCUCGACGCCUCCCCCUCCUCCGCCUCCCCCUCCGGCUCCCCCGUGCCCCUCGCCCGCCCCGUCUCCCGCCCCGCCCCCCCUGCCUCCGCCCGCAGCCCUGCCCGCCUGGGCGCGUGGGGAGCAGGGGGGGGCGCAGGGCGCGUGGGGGGGUCGCCUGGGAGAGAGGGGAGUGGCGGAGGGGGCGAGGAGGAGGGGGGCGUGAUGCUGCUGCGGGCGAGCACUCUGCACGAGAGCAGUGCUAGUAGCAGCAGGCGCGGUGGCAGCAGCAGCGCUUGGCAUGCAGAGAGGCAGGCAGAGGCAGGAGGGCAGUGCAGUGGGGCGGGCGUGGGGGGUGUGGUGCAGAUGGGUGGGAGGGACGCGAGGAGGGGGUUGGUGCGGUCGGCCAGUGGGGUGGAGGCGAGGCACUGCCGCAACCGUAGUGCGGGCGGCGGCAUGAGCAUCGGCGCCACCGGCAGCGUUGGCGUCGCUGCUGCCUCCGCCCUCGGCCCUUUCGACAACUCCCACCCCCCAAGCGCACCACCACAUGCAGCAGGGCCGGCACGCGCGGAUGCUCACAACCCUCGAAGGGGUCUGGUUCGGUCGGCCAGUGGAGUGGAGGCGAGGCACCGGCGGGAGAGGAGUGGAGGCGGCAGCAGCAGCGGCAGUGGAGGGGGUGCAGGCAUGGGGUGGCUGGCAGGGGGGAUGGGGGCGGCAGAGCAGGGGGAGCAGACAGAGGAAGGGCGGAGUGAGGGCGGUAGAGCGUUUACACGGUCGAGCAGCGGCGUGGAGGCGCGGCACAGGAGGCAGCGCAGCAGCGGCGCUGGCAGCACGGGCGGUGCGGGCGGCAUUCUCAGCUCGCUGCUGUCGCGCCCGGGUGCAGCGGAUGGGGGCACGGCGGCCGACAGGGAUGCAGGCGAGGGCAAGGCGAGCGGCAAGGGGGGGGGCUUUGGGUUGGUGCGCAUGGCAACGAUGGAGAAGCGGCGCGGCAAAGGCCGCAGCAACUCCGUGGUCGAUGACAGGCUGGCUGCCAGCCCCUUCCAGGACCUCUCCUGGGAUUAG